CCUUUGUUGAGUUUUGACUGCUUGAGGGAGAGACAGCGCGGCGGUUAACGGUUAUUCUCAGAAGUCAGAACAUGCGGCUUCUCUUUUAAAACAAAAAAUCGUAACAAAACCCUCUUUUACCUUCUUCUUCUAUCUCUAUCCUUGUUCGCAAGUCUCCAGUUUUGCUCCAAAUCUCAAUCAGAUAUAUGGAUAUCACAUGCAAAACUAGUUCGUCGGAGUCACCCAAGUUGUUCAAAGCUCCCAUCUUCCCUGCAAUUCCGGUCAAAUCUCAGCCGUCUGAUCGAUUAACGCCUUGGAGUAGUCUUCCCAAAUAGCACCCAUCAUCGAAUUUUCAUAUAUACAAAUCAAGGCUCCUGAUUUCAUUAAGUGUCGGUGGGUCAGUACAAGUUACGAACUCAUCUUGCUAGCGUAGUGACUUGUACUUGACUAUUUUUUCUAUACGUUCAUAAAGGCAGAUGUCACAACAACAGGCGAAGUCUCGUGGUUGGGCUGCCUUUGACCUCAAGCAGCGUCAGAAAAAAGGCCUUGAGCCUCAAAUUGACAAGGACCCUUUCCCUCCUAUAGCGCCCACUAUCACGUCUCUGCACCCUUGUGAAAAUGCACUGAGGAAUAAUGAGGUUCCGAGCAAACCUUUCUCAUCUGUAUUCCUCUCUUCUGCACAUGUUGUAUCUUUGGCAGAGAAUAGGGAUGGUAAAAGAUCCUUAUUAGAUGGAAAUUCUAGUAGGAAGCAUACUGCCAUGGAAGAUCAGAGAUCUUCCAUAAAGAAGAUCAAGGAUCUGUACUCUUGGGCUGAUGAUAGUUUGGUGGAGGAUAUUAUGGCUGCAGUGGAUAAUGAUAUUACUAAGGCCUCAAAUUUAUUAAAAACAAUGGUCUCCCCGAGAAGAUCUGAAGAGAAUAAGGAAACCAACAUUUCAAAAAUAGAUUCCAGUUCAGAUGCUUCCUUGAGCGAUAAAACAAGGGAUAAAAGUUUUCCUUCAGAAUCUGCUGCUGAUAUUGCUGGACUCAGCUCUACUAUUGAGAAAUGUCUCAAAGAGAAUAACAUAGAAUGGUUAAAUGACAAUGAUUUAUAUGGACCAAAGCUUUCUAAUGGUGCUGGAAAUGUGAAACUGACUACUGGGAGUCUGGAGUCUGUACCCAUUGAACCUGAGUGGGAAGAGGAUGAUGUUUACUUGAGGAUACGAAAGGAUGCAUUAAGGAUGAUGAGGUCAGCAUCUCAGCAUUCGAAAGCUGCCACUAAUGCCUUUGUAAGAGGUGACCAUUAUUCUGCUCAACAGUACUCGAUCAAGGCUAGAGAGGAAUGGUUAGCUGCCAAACGCCUUAAUAACAAGGCUGCUAAGGAAAUUUUAAGUAUCAGGAAUAGCAAAAAUGAUGUUUGGAAAUUAGAUUUACAUGGUCUUCAUGCAUCAGAAGCAAUUCAUGCAUUGCAAGAACACCUGGAGAAAAUUGAACGGAAAAUACUUUCUAAUGAUUUAGUGUCGCCAAACAGAGUUAAUAUGGAAAGCAACAUUAAACGUUCAUCAGUUGAGUCUUUUAGUUGCAUGGACACAGAAAAGUUGGAUCAACUACAGGCAUCAUCAAGACAAAGACCAACAUCCUUACAAGUCAUAACAGGUAUAGGCAAUCAUAGCCGAGGACAUGCUGCACUUCCAACAGCUGUGAGAAGUUUCCUUAGUGAGAAUGGAUAUCGCUUUGAAGAGUUGAGGCCAGGUGUGAUCUCUGUUCGGCCCAAGUUCCGUCAUAGGUGACUUGUGAAAUAAUUACAUCGAUGCAACUUUAGACAGAUUUAUGCGCAGUAGCAACUCAGGACUCCUAUUGAUAUGAGUAGGAGUAAAGAUUUAGCUCUAUAUGAUUCAAAAUCAGAUCCCUUGUAUCAGUAGCAAGUCAUGUACUAAUGUAUUCAUUUCCCAAUGUAAUAUGUCUUCAUUUCCAGGAUCCCUAUAUGCA